AUGCGUUAUUCGUCGUAUGGCGAAGUUUCAAUCAAACCUUUCCUGGGACAGUUCUACUCCACGUUGGCGGAGGACGUUGCUCCCGUAAAUGACCAAAAUUUUUUGGCCAAAUCUAGUCCAUCAUUGAUUACGAUGCUUAAUGCGGGACAGACCGAGAACUCUCCAUUGUGUAAUAUCGGCAACUUAGAUUGUGAUGACUCUGUCGUUAAGAAACAAGCGACGCGUCAGGUUAAUCAGAAUAUUCAGGAUGAGCUGGCAGCAGUCAGCAGCAGCGUCAUAGCUCUUGUCAACCCGUAUGGCGAAAAUGAUCUCGACACUGGCUGCUUCGCCGAUGAAGCUUCGGUCGGCGACGUUAAACCUACGCCUAUGGUAAAGAAGGAGGUCGCCCAGUGA